AUGGAUGAACGUCAUGAGCGUCGUCCUCGUUUAGGUUUAAUCCCUCGCCAACUCGUUGCAGCCGUGCUCUCCGUAUUCACAGACUACAUCGAACGCGACCUGAUAUUAGAUCCUCCGAAGACGGGACGCGCAUUCACUUGUGCAUGGAAGUUCAACAAGUUAGCUGAUAUGUGUUUUAUGCUGGUUGUCAUCAGAAUCGCUAUAACCCCCACGGUGAUGGAACGCUUGCGAAGGACAAGAGAGGCUUGCGACACACAUCUUGUCAUCGGUUCUAUCUCCCUCUCCCUAUCGCUUGCAUUCUCCGCUUAUCUUCGCUGGUUCGUCUGA